GCCUUGCUCGCCCUUUGGCACCAGACAUUUAUCGCAGCUAACGUCAUCGGAGUUCUCUCUGUGGUUGCAUAUUUCGUGUUUGCUACCGUUCUCCAUAUCACUGCCCCUGCCAUCUUUAGGCCAUUUAAUAUGACUCGCCAUACGGAAAUAUCUACCACGUUGGGGCCGCCUAACAUCUCGGUCAAAAAUCUUAAUUCAUCUAAUCCUUCGAAUAUUUUCCUCGAUUCUACUCCCGUCAUUCCAUACCUUUCUUACAGUGAUCGCAUCUCUAGGAUUGGCCUUGAGAACGGGACAUUUUACGAUGCGCUGUCGGACAACCCUGGACAAGGAAAUGCUAUGACGUUCAACGUAAGUUGUGGAUAUGUAGAUGGCGCAUCAGUGACACCAGUCAACAAUACUGGUAACUGGAAUGUCGACACCGUUUACGAUGACCACAUUAAGCCUAUACCCGCUCUUGCGCCGAAUACAAUCAAAUGGCUAUCAUUUUACAGCUACCUGAGCACUGGCGUUGGACUUUAUUGUGUUCGCAUUCCUCACGUAUUCUUCUAGUGGCGCAAUGUGGUGUUUUAUACCUCGGCUAAUAUUACAGACUCUCAAGACUCGACUGGCAACCUUUAAGCCUUCCGUCAGUUUCUCCUUCGUACUUCCGAUUUAGUUUUCUGUAGAAAAUGUCAGUUACUUCGAUGAAACGACCGUCUGUACGAUGCAGGUCAUUGGUUGCGCAGUCACUG